UCCCUCUUCUGAACGAGCAGAAGCUACGUCCGCACUUCUGGCUUUCUGCAUCUAUAGACGGUAGCCGACGGAGAAGUCACGGCGAAAUUAUCCGUCUGUUUCUCAUACUUUAACAAAACACUAGAGAAUACGUUUAUAAUGGAGUUAAUAUUUGCGUUAAUUUUGCUCUGUGUAACGGGAAAUCAUGUAAGCAGUAGCCCGGGCCCGUUAGAAGACGUGGUUAUUGAUCGGUAUGACAUUCCAAGAGUUUGUCCCAGAGAAGUGCAAACGGGAGAUUUCGUACGUUAUCAUUACAACGGUACCUUCACCGACGGCAAGAAGUUCGAUUCAAGUCAUGAACGUGGUGCACCCUUCAGUGGGCAGGUGGGACUGGGGCGUCUCAUCACUGGUCUGGACAGGGGAGUUCAGGGCAUGUGUGUCAAUGAGCGCAGAAAAGUUACCGUCCCCCCACACCUUGCCUAUGGAAGCAUAGGAGCAGGUGACGUGAUCCCUGCCGACACUGUGUUGGUGUUUGAUGUGGUUCUGCUCGACAUCUGGAACACGGAAGACAAGGUCCAGACACGCACCCUCAGCAAACCUGAGAGCUGCAAACGCCUCACGGAGGCUACUGACUUCAUCCGUUAUCACUACAACGGCACACUGCUGAACGGCGUGCCCUUCGACUCCAGCCACUCUAGGAACGGCACCUAUGACACGUACGUGGGCAUGGGCUACCUCAUUAAGGGCAUGGACGAGGGUCUGAUCGGCAUGUGUGUGGGAGAGACGCGCACCAUCAUCAUCCCACCCUUCCUGGCCUAUGAGGAGAAGGGAUAUGGCACCGUGAUUCCAUCCCAGGCCACCCUGGUGUUUGAGGUCUUUAUGAUUGACCUGUUCAACCCUAAGGAUGACAUCGCCGUGGUGGUCAAGGAGGUGCCUAAGACCUGCACCCGUAAAACAGUGGUGGGAGACUACAUUCGUUACCACUACAACGGCACCUUCCAGGACGGCUCUGGCUUUGACACAAGCUACCAGCGCAACAGCACAUACAACACCUACAUUGGCAUGGGCUAUGUGAUCCAGGGCAUGGACAAGGCCCUCCAGGGGUUGUGUAUUGGAGAGAAGAGGCGUGUCAUCCUUCCUCCUCACAUGGCCUAUGGGGAGAAGGGAACUGGAGACCUCAUCCCUGGCUCGGCCGUGCUGGUCUUCGACAUCCACGUUAUCGACUUCCACAACCCUAAGGACCUCAUUGAGAUCAAGGUGACCAGCAAGCCCAAGACGUGCAACCUGACCAGUGAGGUGGACGACCUGAUCCAGUACCGUUACAACUGCUCCCUGAUGGACGGCACCCUGCUCUACUCCUCGGACCACUAUGAGAAUGCCCCCAUCACCACCCUGGGAGCCAACAAAGUGAUUGAGGGUCUGGACGAGGGCCUGAGGGGCAUGUGUGUGGGAGAGAAGAGAGUGGUGAUCGUCCCACCCCAUCUGGGACAUGGAGAAAAUGGAGCCAAGGGCGUUCCCAGCAGUGCCGUGCUGCACUUCGAGCUGGAGCUGUUGGACCUGCAGAAGGGAGUGCCUGACGGCUACAUGUUUGUGUGGCUGGGAGACAGCCCAGAUCCCCUGUUCCCUGCCAUGGACCUCAACAAAGAUCUAUCUGUCCCUCUGGAGGAGUUCACAGCCUUCAUAAACAUCCAGGUGGCGGAGGGCACAGGUCGCCUGAGGCCAGGGAUGGAUGCUGACGGCAUCAUCAAGGACAUGUUCAACAACCAGGACCGCAACAGAGAUGGCAAGAUAGUGGCUGAGGAGCUCAAACUGAAGGUGGAGGAGGAUUCUGACAGGGCCAGACAUGAGGAACUGUGAGGGGGUACAGUUGAGCUGGGCAGAGGGGUGCGGGGACGGAGAGAGACACAACAAACUGACAGACAGAAUCUAUGCAAUUAGGGGGUUGCCUACUAGUGGAGCUCUUAAAUACAUUUUAUUAUGUAGAAAACACAGAAGGUUGAAAAUAACCCAAAAUGGUCCAUACUUAUUUAAACGAAGGACUGCUUCCAUGUGUUGUAAAUUGCCUUAUGAAAAUGUGGUUCAUCUAUACUUUUUAUAAAUAACUUAUUCUGCAGUCUUGCAUCAAUCAUUAUGUUUAAAAAAAUGUUUGACUCAGACACAUUUUGCUAAAAGCACUUUCAUUGAACUACCUUGUCAGCCAUUUGGGAUGGUCCUUCUUCCCAGGAUGCAAUGCAGUUGGCUUCAAAAUGGCUGAUAGGAAUAAAUGGCUGUCUCCCUCCCCUUUAUCCCAGACAUGAAAAUGAUGUUAAGACUGUAGGUUGUAUAUUUUGAGUGGCUAUUUUGUACAAUACAAGAUUUUUGUUAAGUGCCUUGCAUUGUAGAACAUACAUCACAAAAAACAACAUCUGUUUUUCUAAUAAAAAKCUAUAAAAAAUG